AAAUUGGAAGUACUCACGGUAGAUUUAGCGGACGGAACGGAAAUAGUAUCGGUACGUCGUUGUUAUGAUUCCCCUCUGACUCUUUUAUCCGAUGUCAGUGUGCUCUAUUUUCAGGUUGUGAAGGAAGUUCAGAAUGGAUGUCCUUGAUCACAUGCUGACCGACCCCCUGGACUCAGGGGAGGGCAAUGAUGGGUGCAUCACUGAAGAGUGCAUGUUGGGAAACUGUCAAGUGAGUCUUCCAGAAGACCUGCUUGAGGAUCCUGAAAUCUUCUUCUCUGUGCUGAGUGAAAGUACCUGGUCUGAAGUACUGACAGAUGACCAGAGACAGCAUCUCCGUCAACUGUUACCACACUUUCCAGAAGACAACACUACUGAGCAGGACAGCACCAUCAGCGAACUCUUCAACAAACAGAACUUCUGCUUCGGAAACCCCUUGCACCUUGCACAGAAACUGUUCCAAGAUGGCCAUUUUAAUCCAGAAGUGGUUAAGUACAGACAGCUGUGUGCCAAGUCCCAGAAAAAACGCCAGCUGAACUCGUUGCAGCAGUACUACCACAAACUCCUCAAACAGAUCCUGGUCUCUAGAAAGGAACUACUGGAGUUGGCAGUCCGCAGUGGCCCUGACAUUGCGGUGAACAGAAAGUAUCCCACCCAGACACAUGGUGAGGUGCAGGAACAGAGGGUCAGAGGAAGAGUGUGCCGGAUACUGAGGGAAGUUAAAACUGAGUGUGGAGACAGCAAUGCCUCAUCUGACGAUGAUGAUACAGCCUAUUGGCAGCCAACUCCUCAAUCUCCUUCCUCUCCAACGCCCACAGUUUCUGUUAGGGUUCUGCCCAGUCUCUCCACCCAGGACAUGAAGACCACCGAUAAGCCAGAGCUGGGAGAGAAGGACAUGAGAGCCAUGCUACGGAGACAUAGAGAGAAGAGGAGACGACAACCGGACCAUCCAGACUUGAUGACUUCUGACAUCCGCCUGGGUGACAUGAUGUCUAGAGUGAACAUAGGUCGAAAAGGCUCCAUGAUGGCGCUGUUUGACCUGGCUCUGCCCAAGAGGAAGAUGAGGGAGGAGAGGAGAAAGAAGAAGAUGAGGACAAUUAAAGUGGAGUCUGAGGAUCCCUGUGAGGCUCUGAUGCCUUCAGAAGCCCCAGCCCCAUCCGUUAACAUCACAGCUGCUCUGCCUGAGACCCCAGUCACUCCACUGUCCAGUGUCAAAGAAGAGCCGAUGGAGGAGGUGCAGAACAGCCCUGUCAUGGUGGAGGAGAUCGCUGUGAGCUUCUUCAACCUGCUGGAGAACAUCCUGAGACUAGACGGCCUCGCCAGCACCGCCAUGUUGGAGGAGAAGGUCCAACAGUGGCAGACAUCUCCAGCUAGUUCCCUGAACCCCUGGUUCUCCUCGGCCUCCUGCUGGUCAGAGAUGGUGCUGCCGGCCCUGCACUUCCUGGCUGGGGAGACUAAAGUCGGUAUGUUGGUUCUUCCCAGUGGCUUCACUCCCUAUGUGGCGUUCAGGGAAAACUCACAGCGAUGGAAAUGGAUUGGUCCCAGUCAGGAUGGAGAGAAGGAUUUGAGUGCUCUGUGUCAGCUGUGGGUCGACUCCAAGGACUUGGUUGUGGUCAAGACAGAAUGUGAAGAACUAACAGAGAUGACUUCUCCCACCCCUAGAGUCAGUUGGACUGACUUCGUGGUGCGGCCCAGCACGGGAGAUGAGAGGCAUGUUUUCCAAGUGCAGGAGCAGCAGCGGUAUGACCAGCCGCACAAAGCCUUCACCUUCAGAAUGCAUGGCUUUGAGUCUGUGGUGGGGCCUGUUAAGGGGGUCUUUGACAAGGAGAUGUCUCUCAACAAAGCCAGAGAACACACUCUGCUGCGCUCAGACCGCCCAGCUUAUGUCACCAUCCUCUCCCUGGUGCGGGACGCAGCAGCCCGGCUGCCCAACGGAGAGGGGACCAGAGCUGAGAUCUGUGAGCUGCUCAAGGACUCUCAGUUCCUGGCACCAGAUGUCACCAGUGCUCAGGUGAACACAGUUGUGAGUGGGGCUCUGGACAGGCUGCACUAUGAGAAGGACCCCUGUGUGAAGUAUGACAUCGGCCGCAAGCUGUGGAUCUAUCUGCACCGCGACCGCGGUCAGGAGGAGUUUGAGAGGAUUCACCAGGCUCAAGCUGCUGCUGCCAAGGCCAGAAAGGCUCUGCAGCAGAAACCUAAACCUGCGUCCAAGCCUAAGUCUGGAAGUAAGGAGGGGGGUGGUAAGACCCCUGGAGGCCUGGAAGCAGGUGAUGUGGGGGGUCCCAUGUCCCCAACUCCCACCACCCCCACUACCAGCACCCCUGGUACCCCCAAAUCACCCCUCGCCACUGUAGCCACAACCCCCACCAAAGCUGGGAUCCAAGAUUCAGUCAAGAACAGUCCUGGUGUUCUACUGGUGUCUCCUCCACCCAUGCCCCAGCUGGGGACCCUGUUGUCCAGCAGCCAGUCUGGCCCCCAGGUCUCUCAGCCAGCUACAUCCCAGCACACAGCCAGGAUAGUGGGCCACCAGUCAGGCUCUCUCUCACAGGUACGAGUGGUCUCUAACCAGACAGCAGGAGGACAGCAGGCCACGCUGGUGCACCAGACCCCUCAUCAGAUCAGAGUGCCGGUCACCAUGGGAACCAAGGGCAUCACACAGGCCGUGGUGUCAUUACCACUGAGGACCCAGUCUGCUGGUAGCCCCAUCCAGGUGCAGGCGUCCAGAGGGCAGACAACCCUGUCAGUGUCAGGCCUGACCACUGCUGUUACUGUAGCCAAACCUCAGACUGGCUCCCCUGGCGGCCCAGUACACAACCCUACCUCCCCCACUGUCCGACAGGGAGUCACCAGCCAGAACAUCAUCAAACAGGUGGCUAUCACAGGCCAAUUGGGCAUAAAGUCUCAAGGUAGAGCGGGUCUUCCAAUAACGGCUACCAAUCUUCGCAUCCAGGGCAAGGAUGUGCUACGCCUGCCCCCCUCCUCCAUCACCACAGACUCUAAAGGACAGACGGUGCUGCGAAUCACUCCUGACAUGAUGGCCACCCUAACCAAGUCCCCCCUCACCACCGUCAAACUCACCCCCGACAUGUUAGGCACUGCCACUACCAAGAGCAUAUCUGCUACUCUCCAUAUGACCCCACCCCACUCCACCUCCAGCCCAGCCUCCUCCUCGGGUGAAAUCCGGACCAGCAAGGCCUCCGCUGGCACCACCACCACCAUGUUGAAGACUGCAGGGGACACUAUCCGCCUGAUGCCCACCCUAGCAGUCACUAUGGCUGAGCAGAAGACCAGAACCUUCUCCACCGUCUCCUCGUCUGACUCGAAGAGUGGCACCACCAUACGGAUCAUGCCCGGCCUCGGGGUCAUCCCACAGAAACAGGGCCAAACCAUCACCAUGACAACCACCACUGGCAGCAAACCAGUCUCCACUGGAGCUGCCACUGUCACCAUAGCCACCAGCGGACUGGCCGGAGCUAAAGGGGUGACGGUAGGCUCUUCUGCCUCAGGUUCUCUGACUCUGGGAACAGCCACAGCUACUGUCCGCCAGGUCCCCGUCACAGCCACAGUGGUGUCCACACAACCAGGGAAGUUACCAGCUCGGUUCACAGUGCCUCUGUCUGUCCUCAGCCAACCACUGAAAAGCAAGAGUGUGAUGACCACGCCCAUACUGAAAGGAAACCUCAGUACCAAUAUCAGCAGCCUGGGAAGGAACAUCAUCCUCACCACCAUGCCUGCAGGCACCAAGCUGAUAGCUGGGAACAAGCCAGUCAGCUUUGUCACGGCUCAACAGUUACAGCAGCUGCAGCAGCAGGGACAGGCCACACAGGUGCGUAUCCAGACGGUGACAGCCCAGCAGCGCUCUGCAGCAUGCUCCCCCAAGUCAGUGUCCACUGUGGUAGUCACCACCUCACCCUCACCCAAACGGACCCCGGACCCACCACCACCAGCACAGUGACACGCAGUCCAUAAGCCAGCUACUGCUCUGUGCAGUGCCACCGCUCCAGAGGCAAGUGGUGCUUGGGAGCCAUAGCCCAACUCUGCUCUCUCAAUGUUUAGGAGGGCACGGAUGUCUGGAGAGUUUGCAGCAGAUGAACACAGGAGUAAUCCCAGGACAGCAUAUCACUAGACCAUUUAUAGACAGUGGUUUCACCUGACAUAUGUGUUGUGCAAGGCUAAGAUUCAGCAACACUAAUGAAAUAGACUGCAUUUAGGGAGUAAAUGUUAUUUAUAAUAAGAGUUACAUGGAGAAAAUUUGACCUCUUUGAAAAGAAAAUGGAUGGUUCUCCCUUCAGCAAAAUAUAUUUGACCUAAACCCUCCCUGAACACAAAAUAAUAAUAAAACGAAUUGGAUAGCAGAGAAAGUCUACAGUCUCACUUCUUGGACAGACCAGAGCCUUUGAUAUACAGUUUUAGAAAAGUAGGCAUAUGGCAUAACAUCUCAUACCCCCUCAAUUCGAGUUUUGGUUUUAACUUAGCCUACCUUCGUGUCAGUGAUGGGCUGUUAUUUAAAGAGUGCAUGGUGGGUUGAGGAAUUUACCGACAAAUCUAUGGAUAUAGCAGCCUAUAGCCUAAUUUCUUCUGUCAAACAGGUAAGCCUACCUCUUAUCUCUUAAAUAGGAAGAAAUAGGCUCCAACACAAAGCCCUCUUGUUAGUAAAGUUUAAUUAAAAUGAAUACGGUUCAAAUGAAUUAUGCCUACUCGAAUGUGUCUACUUUUAGCACCAUGAGCUGUCCAUUUCCGAUUGAUUGUGCCGCGGCUGCUGCUUCAAGUCUCAGCACCACAAUGUAAGUUACUUGAACCUGGCUUAUUAUUUAACUCUGAUAAAUAGGCCUACAGUGAGGGAAAAAUGUAUUUGAUCCCCUGCUGAUUUUGUACGU